AUGUACGAGCCCAAUCCAGAUUUUAAAUUUGGACUCUUAGACGUAAGCACAUGCUACAAUAAUGCUCCAUUAAUAAUGUCAUUUCCACAUUAUUUAUUAUCGAAUUAUUCUUUAUUCCAGAAUAUUUCGAAUUUAGAGCCGAAUGUAUCCGCACAUUCCUCGUACUUGAAGAUCGAUCCGGUAUCAGGAAUCACUACGGACUUUAUUCUACGCUAUCAAUACAAUAUACGUGUUUCAGAGUACGAUUUGGAUGGAGUACGAAAGGCUUCUAAAGACAUCUAUCCAUUACUUUGGGUAGAACUUAGCGGGACACCAACAGAGAAUCUCAAUAAUUUCUUGUAUUACACAGUUGAUAUACCGGAAUAUUUUUUAAACAACAUGCUUCCAAAAGCGUUGUUUGUCCUUCUAUGCAUUAUCGUUAUAGUAUGCUCUCAUCUUUAUUUAACUCGAGAAGAAUUCUGCUGGAAUCGUAAAAGGCGAACUCAGGAAAAUUCGCCAUUAAAUUUUGGAAUUGUGAAAAGUUACCUUUCUGUACGAUGUAUAGGUGCAGCAGAUGAUGUUCAGACUGGCACUUCAGAUCCUGCGCCCUCUUCGUCUGGCCUUACUUCAGAACGUUGUCAAGGAAAUAAUAAGGAUUGUGACAGCUGA